AUGGACCUGGAAAGGAUAAAGCAGAACCUUCGCAUACGCUCAGGUAGAUCAAAGAAAAGUCAGAAAUCUGCCACACAGUCCACUCCGGUCGCUCAAGCGAAGGCAUCCGACCAGAAGGAAAAAGCCAAAGGCAGUGUCGAAAAGCCUCCUGAACCAACCAAGCAGACAUAUAGCCCUACAAAGGAGGAACCAUCAUUGCGCAAUUGGGAUAUUCACACAGCGCUCCCACCCAUCAAUGCGGUGAACCCUGCGAAGUCUCGCCCUGGCCUUCCUCACGCUGCAACAGCUGCCAAUCCAGACCCAAGACCAUCAGGAGAGUGGGCUCGAUAUGGCCGAUCAGGCAUAGAGAAGCCGCAUAGGGGUCCCUCGUCCAGGAAUGCUGCGAAAGGCCCGCAGCUGCAACGGACCAUGUCGGAAAGCGACACAAAAACUAAGCUGGCCAGUGAUACAUCGGAUGAGUUAGAUUUCGAUCUACGCCCUCCUCCACCUAGGCCCAAGCCGCCUUCUGUUGAGUCUCUAUCAGAAUCACUGUUCUCAACCGGACAUUUGAACGCUCUCCUUCAUAACCCACAAUAUCUGGCACGAUUCACGGCUUUCCUUGGGCGAUAUCGACCUCAAUACUAUCCGAUCCUGUUAAGGUAUUUAGAAACGCAGAAAGCUAUCAAGGCGGUCGAAUACGCCAAUGCGAUUGCCCAUGGCAUUGAAUCGACGACCACACCGACUGACAGGCCAACGAAUGCUGCCCUGCUGGACAAAGUCUUUGAAGAAUGGAAUAAUUCUGCGUUCCGAACUUUGGUUGAUGCAGCGCUUCCAAUGUACAUCACCUACAACUUGGUCAAGGUGGUUACAGAGUGCUUGAUCAAUGAAAUCACAGGCAGGCAAACGCCCCUUAUGAGAGAUCUUGUUGGAGGAUUAUCCGAGGUAUUCUGCUUGACCGAUCCGAAUCAGCAAGACAAUCCCAUCAUCUAUGCCAGCGAAGAAUUUUAUCGCCUCACGGGUUAUGGCUCCGAUGAUGUUAUUGGGCACAACUGCCGUUUCUUACAGGGAACAAAGACGAAAAGAGAGUCUGUUUCACGAUUGAGGGACACCAUCAGAAACGGUGAACAAAUUUGCGAGACACUCCUGAACUACCGGCGAGACGGCCGACCAUUCAUCAAUCUGCUCAUGAUCGCUCCCCUGCACGACGACAAGGGAAACGUCAAAUACAUGAUCGGUGCUCAGGUUGACGUUACUGGCUUGGUCGAACGCGGCAAAGGCCUGGAUGGCUUCGAGCAUUUCCUGGUCAAUCAAGACAUCGAGAAAAGGGACCUGGAGAUCAAUGGUAAUCGCAUCAAAGGAGAGACUGCAAGGAAGUCACAGGCGCUUAGAAAACUUCGAGAGCUUAGUGAGAUGUUUGACCUGGAAGAAUCAGCUGCGGUACGAUCCCACAGCAGAUCAACGUCAAGAUCAAGGGAAGAUGAUGAACACAGUAUCGGAAGCAGAUCUCGACGUGUUUACGGGGACGAAGAUGGCUCAUCAGAAGAGACAGACGAAGACUCAGGUGACAACGACGACAAAAUGUGGAAGCUGGCUCAGUCAGGUCGGUCCGGUCUGUCGGGCAAGCUUCCUGGAGUUUAUGACAGCUACAUGCUAAUCAGGGCGGCACCCUCGCUUCGCAUUGUUUUUGUGUCCCCCAGAUUGCGCCAACGGCUUGGGAAUAUCGUCCAACAUCCCUUCCUAUCGCACAUCGCGGCAUCGUCAGCGACGUUGGCAGGUCUCAAGGAGAGCUUGGGGACUGGUAUUCCCGUUUCCGCCAAAGUCAACUUCAUGCUCAAGACCGGUGAGCGUCGAGAUGGGACCAGGAUCCCGGUGGGCUCAAAGCCAGACAGUCUGGGACAUCAUCGACUCUGUUGGCUUUCUGCGACGCCAUUGGUCGGUAGUGAUGACAGAAUUGGCGUAUGGAUGGUCGUUAUUGUUGAGAAGAGCAAGGUACCAAAGGAAAGAAGGGCCGUUAAUGAGGCUCCUCACGAGCGUGAUCGCUCAUCACAACCUCUCACAGAGCGACGUCUCGCGAUGCUGGACAUUCCUGCGGGGAGCCCUUCCCGAAUCGCACAAAGAUCUCGUUCGCCGGUCACACCGCAACCAGAUCAACAAAACGAGGACAUGCCGAUUAAACCAAAAAGGCUUGCGGAAGACAUAGCAGAAGUGGCUACUAAGCGCGUGCAACAACCAAACGAAUCGGAUCUUCAGGAGGAUGACGAUGAUAGGCAUGAGGCUGGCAAAGACCAGAAUCGAACUCAAUCCACUGAAGGCCAAAAGCCGACUCAGAUGGCGUCUGCUGAUGCAGGGCAGAAACCCGAAAAUGGGGACGAGCUGAACUCCACGAGACAGGCUGCUGAAAACAUGACUGAAUCAGAUAAUGAAUUCGUUAGGACUAAAUCGCCACCUGGAGAGUCGCAAAAACCUGACCGAGUUGUUGUACGUCCGGAUAGCGCCGGAGAACCGAAGGCGCAAACCACGUCAGAGCCUGACAAUGCUCUGGUACGGUCGUUGGCGAAUGAUAAGGUUGACAUUGAGAGGCUGCAGUCGGGUUCACCAAAGGACAGCGGCUUCCAAGAAGUGUCGAACCAUUUUCACGAUUUCUCCGACGACGAAGACACUCCCAGAAGAGCAAAGCACCCGGAACACUGGGACCGGACUCCUCCGCAGUCACGAUCUGAAGCGAGCGGAAACGAUUCCAGCAAGGUGAAUGCCACACACUACAUGGAUUAUAUCAGUCAUCCAGGAAGUCGACAUACGUCGGAAUAUAAACGUCCAAUGUCUGGGAGCGUCCGUUCGUCGAUGUAUCUUGAAGCCGCGGAGAAAGAGGCACAAGACGACUAUGUAGAUGAUUUCGACGACGUUGAUUGUGUAAGAACCCCGUACAGUGUGGAUUGA